GGUAGAGCGCCUGGGAGGGAGAAAGGAACUCCGGCUGUAGUGCGCCGCCCGCAGGGAUGUUCGAGGACGCGCCCCACGCAGAAGGGGCGGCGGUGGUCGUCGCCGCCGGGGAGGCGCUGCAGGCCCUGUGCCAGGAGCUGAACCUGGACGAGGGGAGCGCAACCGAAGCUCUGGACGACUUCACAGCCAUCCGCGGCAGCUACAGCCUAGAGUUUAAUAGAGUUUUUUAGUAAAAUGAAGAAGUGGAUGGACAUGUUAAAUUUGCCGCAAGAAUUUCGUGAACGUAUAGAAAGGCUAGAGAGAAAUUUUGAAGUGUCUACUGUAAUUUUUAAGAAAUUUGAACCAAUUUUUUUAGAUAUAUUUCAAAAUCCAUAUGAAGAUCUACCAAAGCUACCACGAAGCAGGAAACAAAGGAGGAUUCCUUGCAGUGUUAAGGAUCUCUUUAAUUUCUGUUGGACACUCUUUGUUUACACAAAGGGUAAUUUUCGUAUGAUUGGGGAUGAUUUAGUAAACUCUUAUCAUUUACUUCUGUGCUGCUUGGAUCUGGUUUUUGCCAAUGCCAUUAUGUGCCCAAAUAGACGAGACUUGCUAAACCCAUCAUUUAAAGGUUUACCAUCUGAUUUCCAUACUGCUGACUUUAGGGCUUCUGAAGAGCCUCCCUGCAUUAUUGCUAUACUGUGUGAACUGCAUGAUGGACUUCUAGUAGAAGCAAAAGGAAUAAAGGAGCACUACUUUAAGCCAUAUAUUGCAAAACUUUUUGAUAGGAAGAUUUUAAAAGGAGAAUGCCUCCUGGAUCUCUCCAGUUUUACUGAUAACAGCAAAGCAGUGAACAAGGAGUAUGAAGAAUAUGUUCUAACUGUUGGUGACUUUGAUGAGAGGAUCUUUUUGGGAGCAGAUGCAGAUGAGGAAAUUGGAACACCCCGAAAAUUUACUGGUGACACCCCAUUAGGAAAACUGACAGCACAAGCUAAUGUGGAAUGUAACCUUCAACAACACUUUGAAAAAAGAAGAUCAUUUGCACCUUCUACCCCACUGACAGGAAGAGGAUAUUUACGAGAAAAAGAAACAGUCAUUACUCCUGUUGCUUCAGCCACCCAAAGUGUCAGCCGCUUACAGAGUGUUGUGGCUGGACUAAAAAAUGCACCAAGUGAACAACUUACAAGUAUUUUUGAAUCUUGUAUGCGGAAUCCUAUGGAAAACAUUAUGAAAAUAGUGAAAAGAAUUGGAGAAACUUUCUGCCAACACUAUACUCAAUCAACAGAUGAGCAGCCAGGAUCUCACAUAGACUUCGCUGUAAACAGACUAAAGUUAGCAGAAAUUUUGUAUUACAAAAUACUAGAGACUGUAAUGGUUCAGGAAUCACGAAGACUUCAUGGAAUGGACAUGUCAGUUCUUUUAGAGCAAGAUAUAUUUCAUCGCUCUUUGAUGGCCUGUUGUUUGGAAAUUGUGCUUUUUGCCUAUAGCUCACCACGUACUUUUCCUUGGAUUAUUGAAAUUCUUGAUUUGCAGCCAUUUUAUUUUUAUAAGGUUAUUGAGGUGGUGAUUCGCUCAGAGGAGGGACUAUCCAGGGACAUGGUAAAACACCUGAACAGCAUUGAAGAACAGAUUUUGGAGAGUUUAGCAUGGAGUCACAAUUCUGCUCUGUGGGAAGCUCUCUCUGCUUCUGCAAACAAAGUCCCUACUUGUGAAGAAGUUAUAUUUCCAAAUAACUUUGAAACAGGAAAUGGAGGAAAUGUACAGGGACAUCUGCCCAUGAUGCCAAUGUCUCCUAUAAUCCAUCCAAGAGUCAAGGAAGUUCGGACUGACAGUGGGAGUCUUCGGAGGGAUAUGCAACCAUUGUCUCCAAUUUCUGUCCAUGAACGCUACAGUUCUCCUACUGCUGGGAGUGCUAAGAGACGACUUUUUGGAGAGGAUCCCCCAAAGGAAAUGGUUACAGACAAGAAUAUGACAGAAGGGACAAAAUUGAAAAUUGCUCCCUCUUCAAGCAUCACUGCUGAAAAUAUGUCAAUUUCACCUGGGCAGACUCUUCUAACAAUGGCCACAGCCACAGUAGCAGGGACAUCAGGACAUAAAGUUACAAUUCCAUUGCAUGGUGUUGUAAAUGAUGCUGGGGAGAUCACACUGAUUCCUAUUUCCAUGAGUACAACCCAGGAGUCCACAAUUGAGAGUCCUGUAUCACUCACUGCACAGUCAUUAAUUGGUGCUUCUCCAAAGCAAACCUAUUUGACUAGAGCACAAGAGAUCCAUCUGACUGGAGUAAAGCCAAAGAGGACUGGGUCCUUAGCACUGUUUUACAGAAAGGUCUAUCAUUUGGCAAGUGUACGCUUACGUGAUUUAUGUUUAAAACUGGAUGUUUCACAUGAGUUACGAAGGAAGAUAUGGACAUGUUUUGAAUUCACUUUAGUUCACUGCCCUGAUUUAAUGAAAAACAGGCAUUUGGAUCAGCUCCUCCUUUGUGCCUUUUACAUCAUGGCAAAGGUAACGAAAGAAGAAAGAACUUUUCAAGAAAUAAUGAAAAGUUAUAGGAAUCAGCCCCAAGCUAAUAGUCAUGUAUAUAGAAGUGUUCUGUUGAAAAGUAUUCCAAGAGAAACUGUAACGUUUAAUAAUGAUACAAGUGGCGAUUUUGAAAUGACAGAUAAUGACUUGGAAGAGACCACAAAAACACCUGACUGUUCUAGUGGAACAGUGAAAGAAGAAAGAGGCGACCUUAUCAAAUUUUACAAUACAAUAUAUGUGGGAAGAGUGCAGUCAUUUGCAUUGAAAUAUGACUUAUCAAAUCAGGACCAUAUGAUGGAUGCCCCACCACUAUCUCCUUUUCCACAUAUUAAGCAACAGGCAGGCUCACCACGCCGCGUUUCCCAGCAGCACUCCAUUUAUGUUUCCCCACAUAAGAAUGGAUCCAGCCUUACACCGAGGAGCACUCUUCUAUAUAAGUUUAAUGGGAGCCCUUCUAAGAGUUUGAAAGAUAUCAACAACAUGAUAAGGCAGGGUGAUCAGAGAACCAAGAAACGUGCAAUAGCCAUCAAUGGAGAUGCAGAAUCCCCUGCCAAACGCCUCUGCCAAGAAAAUGAUGAUGUUUUACUUAAACGACUACAGGAUGUCGUCAGUGAACGAGCAAACCAUUAAUGUUUUCUUAUCUCUGAUAAAAGCACUUUCAGGUUCUGCAGAAAGUUGGGGGCUCUCUCCUUUCUGCUCUGUAGAUAGUAAAUAUCACUAGGUUAUAGGAACAAUUGCAUCAGAAUUAA